AUGCCCAACGUGGUCCAUUUAGACUUGCGAGCGUGCGAGAACAUCACCGAUGCCGGCCUUUACCAUCUGGGAACCCACUGUCCCAAACUGGAGACUCUCAACUGUGGAAGACAUACCAAGGGAAAUCUCGUCACGGACGCCUCCAUUUCGCAUAUAAUCUCCAAGUGCAGUCUCAAGACUCUGGGCGUGGCGGGCUGCGGCAUCUCAGACGCCCUGAUUUGGUCGCUGGCGCUCCAAAUCGGCCAGCAACUGGAACGACUCAGUCUGAACGGGUGCUGGAGACUAACCGACGCGGGGCUCUCGCAUGCGUUGAUGCUGGACAAGUUCCCGCGGCUCGCCGUGCUGGAGAUCAGAAGGCUCACCCGGCUCCAGCAUCUGCGCCCAGUGAUCGAGUUCAAGAAACGACAGUCGCGGCGCAAAAUAGCAGUCCUGGUGGAGGCCUGCGAGGAGCUGGAAGCACGGCUGAAACUAGAAGAGCGCACACUCGACUUGGAAAUAAGUGCGCGUAUAUUCGAAGACAUCUCCGAGUGGCUCAACGGCGACGAUUUGCAGGACCAAAUCGAGGAGCAAAACCUCCAGCAGUUUGUGCACCGUCGGGGUGUUCCGGUGUGA